AUGGCUACUCUGCAAUCUCUGCCACCUUCUUUCCGUCCAUCAAUUCCGCCCCAAAAUUCUCACGCUUUUCCGGCAGCCAUUCCCUUUAAUUAUUCCCCCAAACUCAUUGGCUCAAAGGGUCACAGUGUCACCUUCAGACACUCUGUCAUUUCUACAAGGGUUUCCAAUUCUCAGUAUAGUCCUCAAAUCGCGGAAACUCUCGGUGACGUUAGCAUUUUCACCGCUUCCGGCGAGCCAGUAAGGUUCAGUGAUCUCUGGGACCAGAACCAGGGUGUAGCUGUUGUGGCACUAUUGAGGCACUUUGGAUGCCCAUGCUGCUGGGAAUUGGCUUCAGCCUUGAAAGAAUCCAAAGCAAGGUUUGAUUCAGCUGGUGUCAAACUAAUUGCAGUGGGUAUUGGGACUCCCAAUAAAGCCCGUAUUCUUGCUGAUCGAUUACCAUUUCCAAUGGAUUGCCUUUAUGCUGAUCCUGAUCGCCAGGCAUAUAAUGUUUUGAACCUUUACUAUGGUUUUGGCCGAACUUUCUUCAAUCCAGCCAGUACAAAGGUGUUUUCGAGAUUUGAUGCUCUGCAGAAAGCUGUCAAGAACUAUACAAUUGAAGCCACUCCAGCUGAUAGAAGUGGUGUGUUGCAGCAGGGAGGGAUGUUUGUAUUCAGAGGAAAGGAGCUACUUUAUGCGAGGAAAGACGAAGGGACAGGUGACCAUGCCCCCUUAGAUGAUGUUUUUGAUGUCUGCUGCAAAGUCCCUGUUGCCUAA